GCUCGGAAAAUGACUCUGGAGACGAUCGAGCAGGUUACAGCAGUCUUUGACACCAUCGCACCAGCAGUUGGUCUCUCAGUGGGACUAGCUGUGGGACAAACGUCAAUUGUAGCUGAAGCGGCUGAAUUGGUUCAGAUUCGUAAGUCGAUGGUCCACAGUUUUGGAAAAUCUGAGGCUGCAACUCCCGACCUUGCCGAAAGCCAAGUUGACAGACUUGUUGCAACUCCAGGGCGCUUGAUGGACCAUAUUCGAAAUACAAAAGGGUUCACUCUUCAGCACCUACAAUUUCUCGUGAGUUUUUUCCGUGGUGAAAGAGGAAAUAGAGGCACUGCACUCCCACGAUUGAUGAAGAUGGUGUUAUCGGCUACCUUGACGAGAGAUCCAGCAAAAAUUGCACAACUUGGUCUUUUCUGCCCCAUAUAUGUGGCGCUUGGUGCUGCUGGCAACCGGUAUCAACUACCAGAACAACUUAAGUCUUACAGGAUGGUCUGCAAACCGGGAGAGAAGCCCUUAUAUUUGGUAGCACUCUUGCAACAGCUUUGCAGCCAAACAACCGUUGUUUUCACUGCUUCUGUAGUGGCUACUCAUCAACUAUAUACUCUGCUAAAAUGCUACAAAGGAUUGUCGUUCAAGGUGCUUGAGUACUCAAGCUUGCAGCAUUAACAACCCCAAAG